GCCAGUAAUAAAUGUAUAUUCAUGUCACAACAAACACACGUGUUUUGGAGUUCGGAUGGCAUGUAUGAUUUGUGCAAUGUAAAUUAAAUAAAAUAUAAAAUGCCUCCUUAUAAAGCAGGUUUAUUAAAAAGAAAAGUUGAUCCUAAAAAAUCAGAUAAAAAUUCUGUAGAUGACAAAGAAAUCAAUAGUGAUAAUGAAGAGAACUUAAUUCAAGGUGAGCUGGACGUGCAAGACGAUGCCACCGACUCUGAACACGAAGACGAACCCGCCGGCUCAGAUGGCGAAAGAGAUGAAGUUGUAUUUGAUGACAGCACAGACUCCCUGUUGGAAGACCAGCAAUCUGACCAGUCUUUAGAUGAAUCAUCUAACCUCACAGAUACUGAAGAUGACAGCAACAUUGAUGAGGAUUCAGAUGGAAGUGACAGCAAUAAUGACUCAAAAGAAAACCAGGGUGUUGAUGAGCAGAGUAAAGACAGUGGUGCUGAGACAGGAACCACCCCAUCUGCAGGUUCCAGUGAUGAGUCCUCUAAGAAGCCUCAGGUUAAAACAAAAAAGCUGAGACCUAAACAGAAGCCUAAUCUGUUAGAAAACAAGGCAACUAAGAAGAUGUCUAGCAUAGAUGUUCUGGCUAAAAAGAUAAAAGAAACUAAGGUGGCAAUAGAACCAGUGCAGCAAAAAGAUGAAUAUGAAUCAGGAGACACAUCAGACGAGGAGGACAGAGUCAACACAGUGGGCGAGGUGCCUAUGUGGUGGUACAAUGAGUACCCACACGUGGGCUACGACCUGGACGCUCGCCGCAUAAUCAAGCCGCCGCAGCGAGAUCACAUUGAUGACUUCCUGAAGAAGUGCGAGGACCCCGAGUUCUGGCGCACGGUGCGCGACCCCGCCACCGGCCAGGACGUCAUACUUUCCACCGAGGACCUGCAGCUCAUCGAGCGCCUGCGCGGCUCGCAAGUGCCCACCGGCCAGCCCGACGAGUACGAGCCCUGGGUGGAGUGGUUCUCGCGCGAGGUGCUGGCCACGCCGCUGCGCGCCUUCCCCGAGCACAAGCGCUCGUUCCUGCCGUCGCGCGCCGAGCAGCGCCAGGUGGCCAAGCUCGUGCACGCGCUCAAGAUGGGCUGGACCAAGACCCGCAAGCAGAUCGCCGACGAGCGCCGCAACAAGCGGGAGCGGCAGUUCUACAACCUGUGGGGCGCGGGCGAGCCGGCGCCGGGCCGGCCGCGCCACCUGCCCGCGCCGCGCCGCGCGCUGCCGGCGCACGCCGAGAGCUACAACCCGCCGCCCGAGUACCUGCUGGACCACAGGGAGAUGAAGGAGUGGGACAAGCUAGCGGAAACCCCCUGGAAGCGCAAGUACACGUUCCUGCCGACCGCGCACAGCAGUCUGCGGCUGGUGCCCGCCUACCCGCGGUUCGUGCGCGAGCGAUUCCUGCGCUGUCUCGACCUCUACCUCGCACCGCGCGCUAUCAAGAUGCGCCUGACCAUCAGCGCGGAGGACCUGGUGCCGAAGCUGCCGUCGCCGCGCGACCUGCAGCCGUUCCCCACGGCGGAGGUGCUGUGCCUGCGCGGCCACGGCGCGCUCGUGCGCAGCGUGGACUUCGACCCGUCGGGCCAGUACAUCGUGUCGGCCAGCGACGACGGCACCGUGAAAGUGUGGGAGACGAGCUCGGGGCGCUGCCUGCGCACGCUGGCGCUGGGCGAGGCGGUGCGCGCGGCGGCGUGGGCGCCCGCGCCCGGCCUCAGCCUGCUGGCCGUGGCGCUGGGCCGGCGCCUGCUGCUGCUCAGCCCGGGCGCCGACGUGGGCGCGGCGCGCGUGGCGCAGACCACCGACGACCUGCUGCGGGACGAGCCGCCCGCGCACGACACCGCCAUGGACGAGCGCACGGCGGCGUGCGUGCAGUGGGAGCGCGCGGACGCGCUGCAGUGGGCGCGCGGCGUGCGCCUGGCGCUCGCGCACUUCCGGCCGCUGACACACGUGUCGUGGCACGCCAAGGGCGACUACCUGUGCGUCACGCUGGCCGACGCGGCGUCGCGCGCCGUGGUGGUGCACCAGCUGUCGCGGCGCCGCAGCCAGCUGCCCUUCCGCCGCGCCAAGGGCCUGGUGCAGUGCGCGCUGUUCCACCCGCACCGGCCGCAGCUGCUGGUGGCCACGCAGCGCGUGGUGCGCGUGUACGACCUGGUGAAGCAGGAGCUGGUGCGCAAGCUGCAGACGGGCGCGCAGUGGAUCAGCGGCCUGGCCGUGCACCCCGCCGGGGACAACCUGCUCGUGUCCUCCUACGACCGCAAGCUCGUCUGGUUCGACCUGGAGCUGUCGGCGCGGCCGUACCAGACGCUGCGCCUGCACGGCGGCGCCGUGCGCGCGCUCGCCUUCCACCGCCGCUACCCGCUGUUCGCGUCCGCGGGCGACGACCCCUACCUCGUGGUGUCGCACGGCAUGGUGUACAACGACCUGCUGCAGAACCCGCUGCUCGUGCCGCUGAAGCAGCUGGCGGGCCCCGAGCGGCGCGCCGAGCUGUGCGUGCUGGGCCUGCGCUGGCACCCCGCGCAGCCCUGGCUGCUGGCCGCCGCCGCCGACCACACGCUGCGCCUGUACGCCUGAGCGCGCCAAAUAUACCACUCACUGUA